UGUGCGGCAGGCCAGGCAGGGGUCGGACCGAGCGCUAAAGAGCGACAGAUCCCAUCGAUUGCCAGAGUCGGAGGUCGGCCGAGAGCUCUGCUGCUCGAGACGCGAGAGUUCGUCGGAUUUGGCGAUGCGCGAGUUCCAGUCGAUGUGACUCGCAAGCUGUCAGCAAUGUGACGACGACCUUCGGGACCGGGACUCUUCCGAGACCAGACAUGACAGUCCCAGGAAGCGGAUGGCUGGCCGGACCGAUGAAUGCGUGGCUGAAUCGGACAGUGAAUUCGUCGAAUGUCUGGAGCCCCAGCCGCAGCAGCAGCAGGAGCAGCGGGAGGUGAUGAUGAUGCACGGGGAAAUAAUGCUCCCUCCUCUCUUCGGUCGUUUCGAUGAAUGUGGCAUCCGCAGGGAAAUUAAAUUCGUAAGCCACGACGACGACGAACAUACUUGAGAACGUGAAGAAGCGAAGAGUGAACAGGAGUGAAACCGAGGGAAUGAAUGAAUGAAUGGCAGUAGUGAAUCCGAAUGGAUGGAUGAGCAGGUCGAAAUGAGGGGAGUGCGCAGGCUCUGGAGAGGCAGUGAAGCCAUGAAAUGGAGCGUGAGGGAUCUGCUUCUUCACCGGGCAGACGUAAUUUUGUUGGAUGCGGAAUAGAAAGCGAGUGACAGAGAGCGAGUAGGGAGAGAAUGGGCACGAGCAAAGGAUUGUGGCCCGAGCAGCAGCACGAGCACGAGCACGAGCUCCACAAGCAGCAGCAGGAGAAGCAUCAGUGACAGAUGUAAGGCACAUAAAGUACCUCCACGGAAGAGCAGCAGCAGCAGCAGCAGUAGGAGUAUAGAAAGCGCAGACAGUACUCGAGAAGACGGAGGACGAGUAGACAGGAGGAGCACAAGGCAAGGGAGGAAGGAAGGACAGAAGGAAGGACGGAUAGGCAGAUUGGUAGGUUGGCAGGUGGUGCUCGAGGGUAGGCAGGCAGAUAGAUAGACAGACAGACAGAGAAACAGGAAGAAGGAAGGAAGGACGAGCAGGAGUGGAAUUGAGUCGAGAAAUGGAGCGGUACAAUAGCACGAGAGAUGGGCACGGUGGUGGAUCGGAAGCAGCGCAAGGGCAAGGGCAAGGGCAGCCACAAUGGCAUUCGUCGGCCAACAACAACAGCACGAACAGCAGGAGCACGAGCAGCAGAGAGGAGGCCGAGGAGGCCGGGAGCAUCUCGGGGCUGGACUCGUCGGCCGUGCGCAGCAUGGUGUCGGUGAUGGGUGGGUACGCCAUGAGCGCGCUGCUGGAUGCCAAUGGCCGACGGGACCUGCGGGACAAAUGCGCCGAGCGGUUGAGGCAGGAGCACGGCGUGACAGUGCAGUACGCAGAGCAGGCAGUGCUGGCGAACUUGGACUGGGGGAUUGAUGGGCUCGAGAAGGCUGUCAGCACUCGCAACCCCGAGACCAGAGCUGCAAGGCUCGAGCACACGCACAGGAUGCUGCAGGUCGCCGUCAUGCUCGACCCGCAGCGCACCACUGCCGGGGUGCCCAAUUCCUACCUCGCCUCGUGGGCCAACUUCUUCAUGGCGCUCGUGUGGAAGCUCCGCAACAACGAUCGCAAUGCUGCCCUCCACCUGCUGGAAAUGUUCCUCCUCGAGCCCGGCCAGGCUCGCAGGGAUUUCGCCCCCGUGCUCUGGGAGCAGCUCUUCCAGCCUCACAUGGUCAACAUCGAGGCCUGGUAUCAGGGCGAGCUGGCCCAGAUUAUGAGCUCGUCCCCUCCGCUCAGCGCCCACGGGAAGCUCGACAUUCCCGGCCGGCGGCGCAGCAAGCUGGGCGAUUCCGAAGCUUCCCACUCUCGCACCUCGUCCCGAUCUCUCGAGCAGGAGACUGAAUUCGAGGACGCCCACGACAAUUCCUCGGUGGCAGGCGAUGCCAAUGGGGAGCCCCUCACGCCCCGCAGGCAAGGCAGGCCCCGGGAGCCGGCUCUGGCCGCCGAUCAGAUGAUGAGGCUCGAGCUGCUCAACAAGCUCUAUCAGGAUAGCUUGGAUGAGAAUACGCAGCAGUACGCUCAGUACUACAAGGACUGGAUGGCGUACGAGGCCGACAACAGCUUCCAAGGCAGUGUGCAAGGCUCUCCUGCGUCUGCGGGAAUGACGUCUCCUCAACCUUAUUCAUCGCGGGAAUUGGAGCAUCAACAGAGUCAGCUCACUCCUCGACCAUAUACAUCGAACGGUGCUUCUGUCAGUGGUUCGGGCGGCGCCGGAAGCAGCCAGAAUCGCGGGAAAAUGUACAGGCAUCCUUCCAUGGAUAGAGAACAUGACAGUUUCAGUGAUGCUGCCGGAUUCUCUCGGAAUAGCUCAAUUAACGAGCCCAUCGCGGAAGUGGAUGAAGAGGCCUACCAAGAGGGAGGUCAUGCCGACGGAACAGCCGAAGCAUCCAGCAAUGGAGCACAAGCAAGAUUAAGGCAAGAUAUGGAGGACGGCACUGCGUUAAGUGAAGACGACGAUGACUGCAAUUCUACCUUGGAGUUCGAGAGAGGAGCGGGUGUAUUUCUGGAUGGAGAGGAACUAACAGAGGACGAACUUUUACAAGUGUGGGAAGAGCUGUCUGAAGGCCGCAUAAGCCCCGAGGAGGCUAAUGAUUUCAUCAGUAGGCUCACAGAUCAGGAUGAUCGGUUAGUAACAUAUAAUAGGCUUGCUGAGAUCGCAGAGGCUGCCAAAGCAUGGAAGAAGGAGCACCCAGAUCAGCCGCCUGCGGUUGCAACUUUUGAGGCAGCAAUACCUGUAACAAGUUUCGAGGCAGCUGUGCCUGUUUCCUCACCACUCAGCAAAUUUUCUGCCAGUCCGCGCUCUGAUUUAGAGGACGACGAUACUGAAGUUUUAAGCAGACAAGGAUCUGUUAUUGCUCAGAAGCCUGAAGGCUUCAGUCGGAUGAAGUCAGAUUCUUCGCAUUCUUCACAUUCAUCACACUCGUCUAGAAGUGUUUCGUUCAAACAAACCGUGUUCACUCGAGAGCAGUCCAUAGUAAAACCGCCGAAGGAUUUUGUUUGCCCCAUUACGAAUCAGUUGUUUCAAGACCCUGUGACUCUAGAAACUGGGCAGACUUAUGAACGAACUGCAAUCAAGGAGUGGCUGGACCGGGGUAACACCUCCUGCCCGAUCACUAGGCAAACACUGAAGAACACCAAGCUUCCAAGCACGAACUACGUGCUCAAGAGGGUUGUUGAUACUUGGAAAGAUGACCAUCCUGAAUAUCUUCAAGAUAUUUCGCGUGCUUCUUCGAUAAAAGGGGGUUCUGUGGAAGCCCUUGACGUCGAAGUUUAUCAGGGCUCACCAGUCAUUUAUCCCAACAAUGCAAACGUUGUUAAUGACGAAUUUCAGCGACCACCAUCAAGUCGUCGAUUUGGGCAAAAAGUCGCUCCUAUGCCAGUGGAUCAGGUUGCUGCAAACCUAGAGGAAACACUCAAAGAAUUAAGGGGAGCUGUCGAUACUUUGUUCAAGACAGACGAUCUAGUGCAAUGUGAGAGGGCUGUGCGCGUGGCAGCUCUCGCGUGGGUGGAAAGCAAAGGGGAUACUUCCGUUGCCUCAAGCUUGUCAAAAGCCGGUGUUGUUGAAGGGUUGAUGGAAGUGCUUUCAAGUUCCAAAGAGGAUGACGUGCUGAGGUCCGUCGUGUUUCUUCUCUCAGACUUGAUAUCGAGGGAUGAGUCCACAAGGCAAGCAGUUCUGAGAGUUGAUCCUAGCUUCGAGUCCACUUUGACGGUUCUGAAGAACCCGCGGGUACCUCAGGCAGCAGUUUUGCUGCACCUACUGAAAGUUCCAUCAGCGCAGAUUGCAGUACUAAAACUGGUACCUGCACUUGUAGCUGUACUGAAAAACGUCCCAUCUUACGAGGAGGGAACAUUUUUGAUGCCCCUGUCUCCAAAGGCUGCAGCGGUGUAUAUAAUGGAGCAAAUGGUGACUACUGUAGAUCAUCGAGUGAAUAUGGCAAAUGCUGAGGCGAUUGUGAGUUCUGACGGCGUACGAUAUCUGAUGGAAAGACUGGAGGCAAAAACUUUAGAAGAGAAGAUAAGUGCCGUUGCAGUGAUGUGGUCGUGCUUGCAAUCAGAUGGAGGGUGCCGGUCAAUGAUGGCUCAGAAUCUCAAAAUCACAACCCUGGUGGAUUUGCUCCAUAAUAGCAAGGAGCAGGCUCGGACUGUGGCAAUAUUCUUCUUGGCAGAGCUCAUCCGGCUCAACAGGAGAAGCGCAAUCGAAAAAAUACUGAAAGAGGUUCUUCAAGAAGGAUUUCUGAACAGCAUGCACGUUCUUAUGCUGCAUCUUCAAAUGUCACCCUUGGAACAUCGUCCUAUGGUUGCUAGUCUCCUUCUACAGCUGGACAUCCUGGCAGAGCCUCGUAAACAGAGUGUGUACAGAGAGGAGGCGUUGGAGGCUCUGGUAGCAGCCCUCAAUUGUGAAGAGAACAGCAAAGUACAACUUGAGGCUGCCAAAGCGCUUGCAUCCCUCAGUGGUCGAUUCUCGAAUACGGGGAAACCCAUGACAGAAGCGUCACUUUUGAAGUUUGCGGGGGUGAAUGAAGAUGCACACUCCAAGUCGACUGAAAAUGGUCAUUCUAAUAUGGAUCACUCUUUGGACGAAGAAGAGAAAGCUGCAGACGAUUGGGACAAAAGGAUGGCAGUUGCAGUUUUGGGAAGCGGCAGGCCUCUUAUUGAAGCCUUGGGUACUGUCCUGCCGUCAAAGUCGUCCAAAAUGGCCAGACUUUGCGUUGUGACCGCCGCGUGGCUCACGUGUGCACUCCGUAGCAUGCCUGAGUCUGGUCUACAAGUUUAUGCUCGCAAUUGCUUCCUGCCGUCGUUAGUGGCCAUCUUGCAACCGGGACGUGAUGUUGAAGAGAAAGUUCUAGCCUGCCUAAGUCUUUACAAUUUGACUGAUGACUCAGUUGGAGUGCAACAGUUGACCAUUUUUGCCAAAGAUUUAUUCGCACCGUUGCGACGACUAAAGCGAGUAACAUGGGCUGCUAGAAGGAUAGUGGAUGCGUUGAAUACUAGUCCUUUCUCAAAUAUGAAUGCAGAAAUGUGGGCACACGGAGAGGUGGGUCGUCUAGACGCUUCAGGAAGCGGUGAAACUCGUGCUUUGUUGUAUUUUAGGGGCUACCUUUAUAGCGGUCAUGCGGAUGCUUCAAUAAAGGUUUGGAGCGUGAAGAGGAGAACGCCGCGAUUGGUGUUUGAGGCACGAGAGCAUUUGCGUGCAGUGCUGUGUUUGGCUGUUCUAGAGGAAUCCCACAAACUUUUCAGUGGAUCCGCAGACAAGACCGUUAGAAUGUGGUCAUUGCAAGAAGAGCGGAUGAGGUGCAUUCAGGUUUUGGAGAUCAAAGAGGCCGUACACUCUGUGGCAGUCAGCCCCUCAUUCAUCGUUGUAAUUCCUUCGGGAGUCGGUAUAAAGGUGCUGGAUGCGUCAGGACUAAAUUCAAGAGUUAUAAACGCUCACAAGCAUGUCCAGAGUAUAACCGUGACCGAAGAUCGCAUAUACUGUGGUUGCACAGAUAGUAGCAUACAGGAAGUAGAACCUGUAUCUGGAACAUCGACGACGAUUCAAUCCGGUGUACGCACCCUGAGAGGCAAAAAGGCCAUCUACUCUUUACAGUCAAGCAAGGGGUUGCUAUAUACCUCAGGCACACUUGUAGAUGGCAUUGCCACAAAGAUGUGGAGCUUGGCAACACGAGCAAUGAUUCAUUUCAUCUCGACUCAAAUGGAUGUGCGAUACAUGGCUAUAUCGGAUGAUUUGAUAUAUCUAGCUAACAAUCAGCCGACAGGAAACGUAGAGGUUUGGUUAAGGGAGAAGUACCAAAAAGUAGCUUCAUUUGCUGUUGGAAGCAAGAUUCUCUCACUCGCGGUUGUGAGUGAAACUCUGUACACCGGUUCAGUUGAUGGAAUCAUAAGGGCAUGGUCAUUGACCUAGAUGAACUGAAUCUUACUUCGGCGAAUCACUAACAAGCUCAAACAUAUAUAUUCCUUGUCCUCUCGAGCAGGCAUAGGCACUGACAUAGAUGAACGUCUUCAUACGGCAAAUCACAUAAAGCUCGACCAACAUACACCUUGGCCCCUUGAUUAGACAUGGGUAUUGAUUGACCUUGGCGACAAUCCUCAUGACGGCAAAUCACCUCCCAUGUACAUACUCUCCGAGGAUGCCGGUCAGAGUUUGUACAGUGGUGGGGCCAAGAAAACCACCUACAGUACCAUGAGGUCUCCAACAAGAUUACAUAUCAAUCUCUGAGCAUGUCGAGGAUUAAAAACAAGUCUUGAAUUCAUUUUUCGAAGCACAGUGAUGCCAGCGUGCGGCCCUCUGUCCUGUCUUCAGAACCCAGAUGCGGAGGCAUAUGAAGGCGGGCAAAUCCUCGAAGUUUCCCGGCUGACCCCUCCGAAAAAAGGUCCCAACCUCACUCCAUGAAAUCCAUGUACAGAACUUGGUGACUCCAAAAUGAGAGCCACCCACAACAGUAAAUGUUGACCAUACUAGUGUCUUUAGGUGUCAAUUCUUCCAGAAUCAGCAAAUGUGCUUCAUUGCUGAGAGCAUGGCCCUCUCACUCUCAGUAUUGCUAGUUACGAGAGAAUGCAAAGAGGGUCCUCAAGUAAGCCCAACUUGUGCAGUUCAUUGGUAGAGGGACCUCCCAUCUGGACGAUGACUGCUGGUUCGAGUUUGUUGCAGUGCCACCGGUAGAGAGUGUUAUUGUGAGGUGACUUGACUAUAGGAGAUCAUGUUCUCUCCAUGUGUCAUACUAUAGAAAAAGCAAUGAUCACUGAUUCUUGUAACAAUAUAGAGAAAAUUGAAAUCAAUCCGAAGGUG